AGAUCACUAGAAAUCGGAGUAGCUCUGCCAUGCCUGAAUUCUCGAGUAUUAUGUAAACAACGCUAUGUUCUCCAAAUAUCUUUGGCUAUCGCUGCUAUUGGGAGUCAUGUAUUUUUUAUAUUCGCGCGGCAUUAUCGAAGCGAUUAAAUCCCACUUGACAUCAAAAGGAACAUUAAAUAUAGUUGACACGAUAUACUUUGGAUUAAAUGAAAAUUUUGGCAGACCAAGGAUAUUUACUGUAGACGAAUUGAAACGAUAUACAAAUCUAGAGAAUGGUUUGUAUCUCUCAAUCUUAGGCCAAGUCUUCGAUGUGACAAAAGGGGAAAAGCAUUAUGGACCUGGAGGAAGUUACCAUGCUUUCACUGGUCGUGAUGCUUCCUUGGCAUUUAUUACUGGAGAAUUUGACGAACAAGGUUUAACUGAUGAUGUAUCUAGUUUAUCAGAACAACAAGUCAAGGCAUUAGACGACUGGCUACAAUUUUAUAAUACAAAUUACAUCUACAAAGGAAAAUUAUAUGGUAGGUACUAUAAUCGAGAUGCCAGUCCAACAACAGAAUUUUAUAAGGUACAAGAAAAACUAUUACUUGCUAAAGAGAAGAAAGCAUUGGAGGAGAAACAGGAAAGGAUGUUUCCAUCUUGUAACAUAGAAUGGAAUUUGAAUAUUGGUACCAUAUUCUGGUGUACUGAAAGAAGUGGUGGAAUGGAUAGAGAUUGGGUGGGAGUACCAAGAAUGUUGUUUGAGACUGCAGGAGCACAAGGCUCCUCUAGGUGCACUUGUGUCAGAUUGGACAGUAAAGAAUAUAAAGAAAAUAAAGCUAGGAUUUAAAGAAUAUGAUGAUUGUGACAAAUACGCGACAAAGUGCGUUGUAAAGAUGAACAAGAAGUGAUCCAAGAAAGUAUUAUACAGCGUCUUUAUCUAUGAUAUUCUAGAUCAUAUUUUUAUUUUUAUAAUAUAUCACAAUGCUAAAAUACAUAGAUUUAAUAUAUUUACUUUAUACCUAAUUGUUUUAUAUAUUUUUUUAUAAUCAGGUAUUUCUUAUAAUUAGUUUUUUUUAUGAAAAGUAUAAAUAAAUACAAUAUUUUUAUGAAACUCAAUGAUACUAUCAUACUAAUCUUGAAAUAGAUGUAAUUUAUAAAUUGUAUUUUAAUAUAUAAGAUGAUACAUAUGUGAAAUACACUGCUGUUCAUUAGUCAAGUCCCACAAGUAUAGGAAUUACUUAGAAACCUUAGCCAGACACUGCCAUCGACUUAAUGAGUUGCAUUCGUUAUUUCUACAUUAGUUACACUUGAAAAAAAAUUCAAUUAAUGAACAGCAAUAUAAUAGAAUGUAUUUAUUUAAAAAAUUGACAAUUUUAAAAGAUAUAAUUCUGUAUUCUCAAAUCUUCGAAUGAUCAGUCUUCUUUCCUCCAUUCUUAAUGUUGAAAUUAACGCGAUAAAACAUUGAAAUUUCUUUUGAACACAUAUUCAUUAUAUUUAUAAAAAAUGUACAUCUUUUCAUUUGUCACUUAAUAAUAUAUGUGUAAAUUUCAACUAAACCUAAACUACAAAUGCAAUGUAUGGUACAAACAAUAUAGAAGGCUUCUAUUCCCUCAUUGCUCGACUCAAUUAUGUUGUCAAAAAAUUUUAUCUAAAUGAAUUAUAUAAAUUAUUCUUUUUUUAUGCUAUAAUUCAAGUUGUAAUGAGGAAACAGAAACUCUAAAAAAAUAAAAAUACAUUAUUGCUCUUUAUGAUAUAUAUAUGCUGUUAGUUUUUCUGUGUGUAAUAUAAGCGAGCAAAAUUUCAUGCAAAUAAAAAUUUAAUUAUCUCCU